UCCAACAAUUCCAGAUGCCGGCAGUGAUGGCAAACCCACGACCCCGGGCGAAGCGCGUCACUGCGCCACUCGACGCUGCUGCCAGAGCACGCCUCGCCGUCCUCCCCAGCAGCGUGGACAGUAGCGGCAGCGAGCAUGAGGCCACCGCCCUGUCUAACCUCGUCAACGAGUACCUCCUCGAGACGGACGCCACGGUUACCGCGGCGGACCUCGCCGUGGAUCAAGGCUCGGACGCCGAGGACGACAACCACGGCAACAGCAUCCGGUCGGUGGCGGCGGCGGCGGAGGUGAUCCAGGAGAUUAAAGGUAUUCUUGAUCCGGCCGGAAGACCCGACGAGCUCCGCCGCCGGAUCGUCGCCGAUGUCAUGGAUGCCAUGCUAAGUCUGGAAGACAUCCGGAAGAAUCGGUCGGCUUUCCGGCGAGCCGUUAUGUCGCGCCUGCGGGAUCGCGGCCACGACGCGGGCCUCUGCAAGGCGCGGUGGGACAAGUCGAGAAGUAGGGCGGCCGGGAACUAUGAGUACAUCGACAUUGUGCUGUCAGCUGAGACGAGGUUCAUCGUGGACGUUGGCUUCGCGGCAGAGUUCGAGGUCGCGCGGCCGACGGCGGGGUUCGACGCAGUGCUGGCGGCACUGCCGGAGGUGCUCGUCGCGCCAGCUGAGGACCUGCGGUGGGUGGUCAAGGCCGCGUCGGCGGUGGCGAGGCAAUCGUUGAAAAGCCGCGGUCUGACCGUGCCACCCUGGAGAAAGCGCCGGUUCAUGAUGGCCAAGUGGCUUGGGCCGUACAGGCGGACGGUGAACCCUUUGCCGGCGUCGGCAGGUGCAGCAAUUGUCGGCAGUGGAGCAGCUGCGGUCUGCCGAACAAUUCUUGGGUUCGCACCGCGGCCGACGGCGACAUCGUCGGGGCUUUGGGGUUGAGAUGAUUGGAAGGUGGGAGAUGCUAGAGUGAGCUAUGUUCCAGAUUGCUAUUUGGUAAUAGGGAGCAAAGUGAUAGGGUAG